UUGUCACUAUUGUAUAACCCUUUUAUUAAUAUUCCUCACCAAAUUUAAAUUGUUGUUAAUUCAAUUUUCUUGAUUUAAUUUUUUUUUAAAGUGUGUGUCCCCUGUUUUAAUGUCCCCCCUGUUACUCUGAUUUGAAUCCCUCUGGACACGCCCCUUUACUAUUCUACUAUUUGUAUGACUCAAGAAGAAGGAUACAUUUUGAGUGGGAAAAUCAUCUUCAAGAAGCAGAGUUAGAGGAAGUUUGAAAAUAAUGGGAAGAGUUAAAAAAGGAAAGAGGGCCCAGAGGAAGGACUUAUGGGCAAUGGCUGGUGGAAUGGAAGCAUUGGUCCGAGGACUGAAGAGUGUUCACAUUACCAAAAGAGAUACAGGACAUUCUUCAUAUAUUUGGUCGGAACUCGCUAUAAUCCUUUUUGGUCAUGAUGAUAAGAAACACCGUCAUUGGCUGUGGGUUGUAUGGACCAACAAUCGAAAAGGAUUGAGGGAUUUGAUCAAUAAACGUCAAAAAUCAUUAGAGCAGAAGGAAGUUCAGGUAAUGGAGGAAAAUCAAAACGAGAGAGAUGUUGGAGGGGAAUGUUCUGAAGACUGUCUUUCAAAGGACUUGCCUCUGAGCAUGAUUCAGCAUAAGGUAUCAGAUGAGGACAUAGACAAGAAUGAGGCAGAAGACAAACAACAAAGGAUGUCUUCUCAGAGUGGACUUGAAGAUGACCAGUUAUCAGAUGAGGACAUAGACAAGAAUGAGGCAGAAGACAAACAACAAAGGAUGUCUUCUCAGAGUGGACUUGAAGAUGACCAGUUAUCAGAUGAGGACAUAGACAAGAAUGAGGCAGAAGACAAACAACAAAGGAUGUCUUCUCAGAGUGGACUUGAAGAUGACCAGUUAUCAGAUGAGGACAUAGACAAGAAUGAGGCAGAAGACAAACAACAAAGGAUGUCUUCUCAGAGUGGACUUGAAGAUGACCAGUUAUCAGAUGAGGACAUAGACAAGAAUGAGGCAGAAGACAAACAACAAAGGAUGUCUUCUCAGAGUGGACUUGAAGAUGACCAGUUAUCAGAUGAGGACAUAGACAAGAAUGAGGCAGAAGACAAACAACAAAGGAUGUCUUCUCAGAGUGGACUUGAAGAUGACCAGUUAUCAGAUGAGGACAUAGACAAGAAUGAGGCAGAAGACAAACAACAAAGGAUGUCUUCUCAGAGUGGACUUGAAGAUGACCAGUUAUCAGAUGAGGACAUAGACAAGAAUGAGGCAGAAACUGAAGAACAGAAUUUGCAAAGAGGAGCACAAGAUGUCAAUAAAAACACAGGCACCAAAACACAUUGGCGGAAGUUGCCAGUAGUAUCUAAAAGGUUCGGAAUAACAGUAAAUAGAAAGAAAUGGCAAAAGAUUGUUCCUUUGACGGGUUCAAACAAACUGAGGCAACCGUGGACCGACGUGUUGUACAAGAGUUUCCGAGAGAAAAAUCCCUGUUGUACGCUUGCCUUCAAGAGUCACCACAUAAAAACUCCCAACAGCAGGAAAAUUAAAAGUCCGUACUUAAACAUCUGUGCAGUUUGUACAUUCCCUUCCUGCAGGGCCAAAUUCUUCUUUAAAAUCCAAAAUCAGCCAGUGGGAGACACCCUUGUUAAAAUACCUGUGCUGCAAAGAGGGAAAAUGGCACACAAAGCAAAUGAGACAAAAUUCCGACCAGCAGCAAACAGAAGAAGAGGCAGAAUUGCAAGAGCCCUGCAUAAAGGAGUGAGUCAAGUAUUUUACAGUAAACUUAAAAAAAACACCUGUUGCUGA